AGCAUGGCCUUCACCGGCAAGUUCGAGGUUGAGAGUGAAAAGAACUAUGACGAAUUCGUGAAGCUCCUUGGGCUCUCCAGCGACAUGAUUGAAAAGGCCCGUAACUUCAAGACCAUUACGGAGGUACAGCAGAAUGGGCAGGACUUCGUCUGGAUCCAGCACUGCUCCGGGGGCAAAAACAUAACCAACAAGUUCACCAUUGGCAAGGAAAGCGAAAUACAGACCUUGGAGGGGAAGAAGUUCAAGGCCAAUGUGCGGAUGGAGGGUGGGAAGUUGGUGGUGGAUUUCCCCAACUAUCACCAGACGUCGGAGAUCGUGGGGGACAAACUGGUGGAGGUGACUACCAUUGGGGACAUAUCCUGUGAGCGCGUGAGCAAGAGACUGGCCUGA